UAAAAAUGGAGGCUGUACUUUUAAGUCGUGUAGCAGAUAAAAAUGUCAAAUUUAUCAAUUCAACCGAAAAUUGUGAUUAUUGGAGCUGGAAUUGCGGGCCUGUCUGCUGCCAGGAAGCUAUAUGGAUAUGGAUUUGUUAACAUUAAACUUUUAGAAGCGCAAAAGAGGACUGGAGGAAGAAUUAAAACUUCCAAAAUUGGCAAAGGUGCAAUUGAGCUUGGUGCUCAGUGGAUACAUGGGGAGGGACAGAACCCUCUAUUUCACAUAGCCAGGGACAAUCAUCUCAUAGAUUCCAGUGUCAAAGUUGGAUGGGAUGAGGAGUUUCGUACACAGAAUGGAGAAAAGAUUGAUCCUACCAUCUGUGAUGAGGUGAUGACUGAAAUAGACAGGAUAUCUGAUCACUGUGAGACAUUCUACAAUGAAAUAAUUCCUGAGUCAUGUCCUGAAUUAUCACUGGGGGAGCAGUACAGUCAACAGUUCAGUAUAUACCUGAAUAAUUUGAAGGAGGAUUCUCGCAGAAAGCAACUAAAGAAAGGACUGUUUGACUGGAACUCAUUAAGUGAGCAUUCAAUGAACGCAUGUAACAGUCUAUAUGAUUUACACAUUAGAGGCUGGGGACAAUACAAAAACUUUAAGGGUAACAAGCAUGUUGAGUUUGACAUGAGAGGGUAUCAGUCCAUUGUGGAUCUGUUCCAAGAUGCUAUACCUAGCGACUGGGUACACAUCAACAAGCCAGUGAUCCAUAUAGAUUGGAGGGACAAUAAACAGGCUGCUUAUAUUGACAAAAAGGACCUUCAUACAAAUACAGAGGCAUCCAACACAAAUCUCAUUCCCUUAAAUGCUCAACUAGAUGAAAAAUCAAUCGGAAAUGAACUCAAGGCUGAUACAUGUGAGACUACCAUGUCUGAUGGAGUCAAAUGUGACAACCAUGAUGAUCUCAUGAGUAACGAUGUAGAUCCAAUAACCAAACAGUUAAAAGUAAUUUGUGAUGAUGAAACAUUUUAUGCUGACCAUGUUAUCACAA